AUGCCUUGGGUUGUCAACUCUACCGAUGGCCAGCAGAGCUAUCCUGCUCUCGCAGGUGAGACCCUUUACAUUAUUGCAGGCGAUGCCGGCUUGUCAGCCGUGCGCGCUACACCUGUCGACCCAGCACUGGUUCUGGGCACACUUGCUGUACAAUCUUACGGCGCAAAGCUUGAAGCUGGACUCGAAGACCUAAAAAUAUUGCCACCUGUGCCAACCAGGUUUCAGCGAAAGCGCAGUGGCACACCGCCAGCAGAAGCUUUCCUACUUCGAGCGAAAUCUGACGAUCGUGUGGAGACAACCAUUGUUCGGAAUCAAGAUAAGAUCACUUCUCAAAACACCUCAGGCACUCUCACAUUAAUCUGGACUGCACCGCAAAUUCAAGUGCAAUCUUCAGAGAAGAAAGAAAACUUGAGUGAGAGCGGCGAAGCUGCCCAGGCUGAGAAUGAAACUGAAGAUGACGAUGAAGAUCUCAACAACACCACUGUAUCUGGGGUUAGCAAAUCACAGACCAUGCGCUCGACGCCUUACAUGUCGGCUUCACGCUCAGAGAUCAUCCAAGAAACACCGACCGUAGAUCGCAUCGGGCCCUCGCGGACAGAACCUCCUGUAUUGAGCAACGCACCUCAGGAACAGAGUAUUGUUAAUGACCUUACCAAGCCUGAGGAUCCGACUGAUGCGGAGACGGAAGACAACGAGGAGGAGCCUAAGACUUCUGAAACGGUACUACGGAAGUCAUCUCGCCAGCCAAAAGUGGAGAUACCGAAGUCAUCGAAACGACCAAGUCUAGCUCUCGAAGAAGAAUCCAGCAGCCCUAUCACUCAUCUCACCAAGCGUAGAAAGGUCGACAAAGACAGCAAUGGCAGUUCGACUCCCGUGCAGACUGCUCGCAAGACCGCCAUCAAGAGUAAGAAGCGGGAAUCAGCUAUGAAAGCAGCGUCUACGCCGUCUCGAAGCCAGCGUAGCACGCAGAGUUCGAUCGCAGGCUCACCAGUCGAUGUUGAGGACGACUAUAACGGCCCCAAGCCUCGUGUAGCGCUUAGCAACUCUACAAUCCAACCAAAUUCCUCCUUUGUGAAGUUCCUAAAGAAGACCGGAGGAAAUAUCGUUGAUUCCGUUGAGGUCGACUGCAACAUUCUUUGUAUCAAAGAAGGCCCCAUUCUCAAGACCCCAAAACUCCUCCAAGCCGUCGCCAGCGGCCACCCCAUCGUGACUGACAAAUGGCUCAUCGACUCCACCAAGGCCGCCCGCUUCCUGCCUCUCGAACUCUACAAGCCGCCCGACCUCGAGCCUGUCUGGAAAAUCCCGCAAAGCCGUCUUUUCGAAAGCUACACCAUUUUCUUCACACCCGCCUUAAAAGCGCAAUACAAAACCUCCUUCGCCGACAUAGACAAGCUGUGCAAAGCCGUCGGUGCGCGCCGUGUCGUGAGCAAGAAGCCUGGAGGGAAAGACCUCUACGAGAAGGCAUCCAUUGUUUUUUUGGCUGAGGCAGAAGGCGAUAAGGAUGUGCCCGCGUUACUUGAGGCUGGGCAUACGUGUUAUACGAAGGACUUUCUGACGCAUAGUAUUGUGGGGGGCGAGGUCGACCUAGCGAGCGAGGAGUUCAAGGUUCAACCUGAGGAGGCGAAGCCCGAGAAACGCGCGAAGAAGAACGGUCGUGGUCGAAACAGCUAA